AAGAUUUGGCCGAACAGGGAUCGUCGGGCAUGGCCAGCAGAACCACUUGUCUAUCCCAGAGCCGGAGCUUCAGGAGAACGCUGUGGUGGAUAAUCGCCGUGCUUUUCGAGGUUUCGAGCAAUUCCAGUCGAGCUCGCCGAAGUCUGCCAACUGAGUGCGGGCGCACUCGAUCUAUCUAUUGAUCCCAUUCGAAAAAGUGUUUACAUUGAGAAGACAUUUCGCGAGAAGAGCUAAUUCCGCUGACAAUCUACUUUCAACUCAUGGGCUCAAUUAUCUGUCCGCGAAAUGAAAAUCCGAUUUGAUAUCCUUCUUCGAUGAAACUGAGGCAGGCCAAACUUCUAUCGUCGGACUGAGUGAUUCGAAAACAUUUUCUCGCAAUCUCCAGAUGGUACUGUGCAUGUCUCGGAAAUUCACCUAGCUUCAGCAUGGAUGCUCCAAGCAGCUGCAUAUGACGGAAAAAGCUGGCUCGAGGGCAAUGUUUGAAAAAUCUAUCAGAUGUCUCGCCUUAUGAGAUACUGAGAAUACACGAAGAUUUCACUCAGCAUCUUGUAUGAUCUAUUAUUCUUAGAAUUUCUCAGAUUGAGACCAUUUUGAGAUCGUUGGUAGCUGUUAUGAGCAAGAUGAAGUUCCUACCUCUGUUAUUCUUCUACGGAGCUCUAUACUUCCAACUUGUGCUGGGAGUCAGAUUUUCGGACGAUUUUUUUGUCAAUUUUGGAGCUGAACAUACGAGACAACCUGACAGAUCCGCUACCACUAUACAGCUGGGUUUAAAUAAUGUAUCCGGUUCUGGAUUUCGAUCCAAGUAUCCGUAUCUGUACGGCCACCUCUCCAUGAAGAUUAAACUUGUAGGAGGAAACUCUGCAGGAACCGUCACUUCGUACUACAUGGCUUCUACAUUCAAAAGAUGGUCUGAGUUAGACUUCGAAUUUCUGGGGAAUGUCUCUGGAAAGCCCUACAUACUUCAGACUAAUGUGUUCUCGGAGGGAAAAGGUGGCCGGGAGCAACGUAUCUACCUCUGGUUCGAUCCUACUGCUAAGUACCACGAGUAUGGCUUCAUGUGGAACCAAGAGCUCAUUUUGUUUUUGGUCGACAAUCGUGUCAUCCGCGUGUUUCACAAUACGAAGGAUCUGGGCGUUCCUUACUUAGAGUAUCAACCGAUGUACAUUUACUCGAGUAUAUGGAACGGCGAAUCGUGGGCAACUCGUGGGGGCCUGGAUCGGAUAGACUGGGAAGAGCAGCCAUUUCUAGCAUCGUACACAGGCUUCAACCUCAGAGAUGCCUGUGCCGUGACAAGCAACGAGGCAAGUGCGAUGCACCAUUGUUACAAGAGGUUGUUUCGGAGCUCUUAUGGCUGGGCUCCCAACCUUGCACUGUCGCCCGCUCAGAUCGAAGACUUGAGAUGGAUCAGAAAGAGGUUCAUGAUCUAUGACUACUGCACGGACAGGAAAAGAUUCAGAGGAAGGCAGCCACCUGAAUGCUCCCGAAACUGGCCCUGAGAGGACUAUUUGUGGCUUCAUCAAUGCAUCGAUUUCAGUUGGAAUGUUAAAAUGCCUGCCUCCAGAUCCAUGUAUUCUAGUUCUCAUUGAGUCCUUUACAAUAAUUGAUUAGACAACAAAAUAACUGCCGCGGACAUUCACCUCGCAGCUUUGAGCUGACAGGGAGCAAGACUCUGUUUCUUGUGCAAUGGCCAAGCGAAAUUCGGCAUUGAUUACUCCGGUAUAGUGUAUAAAACUGCGAUCUCGCGGAAGACUCUCACGCUCUCACACAUUCUCUCGCGGUGUUUUUGAAAAAAACAAAAGUGGCCCAUACAGGUCUCGAACCUGUGACCUUCGCGUUAUUAGCACGACGCUCUAACCAGCUGAGCUAAUAGGCCGGUGCAAUAUGGAAGAAAUAAAUUAUAUUUAUUAUUUAUUAUAAAGCUCUCC